UGACAAACAAUUGUGAGAAAGAAGACAGAUCUGAUAAGACAUCUACUCAGCGACAAACUACUUACCACAUCAAUGUUACUUAAAUAUUAAAUGUCCAAAAACAGCAAGGAAACCGAUAAAACAGAGAUUAUUUAAGAAGAACAAAACUGAGAAUAUGCAGUCUCCUGUAGACACUAUGUCAGAAGAACAGCUCUUCCAGCAAAACCUGAGUGCUGAGCUAGACGCCCUCAGCAAAAAGAUGGCGAGAGAAUUCCAAGUGGAGAGUAGAAAAAAAAAGAAUCUACAAGAGGAAGUGGAGAAAAUCAAAGCUUCAUGCCAUGAAGACAUCCAAAAGCAUGAAGCUGAUAUCCUCAGUGUGAGGCGGCGGGCUGAAGACCUUCAACUUGAGCUUGACAAUGAAAAGAAGUCCCGUGCAGACAUUGUGUCAGAAAGCCAGCUAUUGCUGGAAAACCUGAGUGUUGAGCGGGAUGCCCUCCGUCAGCAGAUGACGGAAGAACUCCAGAUGGAGAGGGAAAAUAAGCAGAAUCUCCUAGAACACCUGGAGAGAGUCAGAACUUCAUACCAAGAGGACAGCCAAAAGAAUGAAGCGGUUAUCCUCAAUGUGAGGCAGCGGGCUGAAGACCUUCAACUUGAGCUUGACAAUGAAAAGAAGUCUCGUGCAGACAUUGUGUCAGAAAGUCAGCUCUUGCUGGAAAACCUGAGUGUUGAGCGGGAUGCCCUCCGUCAGCAGAUGACGGAAGAACUCCAGAUGGAGAGGGAAAAUAAACAGAAUCUCCUAGAACAACUGGAUAGAGUCAGAACUUCAUACCAAGAGGACAGCCAAAAGAAUGAAGCUGUUAUCCUCAAUGUGAGGCAGCGGGCUGAAGACCUUCAACUUGAGCUUGAUAAUGAAAAGAAGUCUCGUGCAGAUAUUGUGUCAGAAAGUCAGCUCUUGCUGGAAAACCUGAGGACAGAGCGGGACGCCCUCCGUCAAAAGAUGGCGGAAGAACUCCAGGUGGAGAGGGGAAAAAAACAGAAUCUCCAAAGGGAACUGGAAACAGUCAGAGCUUCAUGCCAAGAGGACAGCCAAAGGUAUGAAGCUGAUAUCCUCACUGUGAGGCAGCAGACUGAAAACCUUCAGCUACAGCUUGACAAUGAAAUGAAGUCUCGUGCAGACAUUGUGUCAGAAAGCCAGCUCUUGCUGGAGAACUUGAGUGCUGAGCUGGAUGCCCUCGGUCAAAAGACAGUGCGUGAGCUCCAGGUGGAGAGGGAAAAUAAACAGAAUCUCAAAGAAGAACUGGAAAGAGUCAAAGCUUCAUACCAAGAGGACAGCCAAAGGUAUGAAGCUGAUAUCCUCACUGUGAGGCAGCGGGCUGAAAACCUUCAGCUUGAGCUUGACAAUGAUAAGAAUUCUUACACAGACAUUCAAAAGAUAGCAGAAGAACUCCAGGAGGAGAGGGGGAAAAAACUGAAUCUCCAAGAAGAACUGGAAACAGUCAGAUCUUUAUACCAACAGGACAGCCUAAGGAAUGAAGCUGAUAUCCUCAGUGUGAGGCAGCUGGCUGAAGAUAUUCAGCUUGAGCUUGACAAUGAAAAGAAGACUCGUGCAGACAUUGUGUCACAAAGCCAGUUCUUGCUGGAAAACCUGAGUGUUGAGCGGGAUGCCCUCCGUCAGCAGAUGAUGGAAGAACUCCAGAUGGAGAGGGAAAAUAAACAGAAUCUCCUAGAACAACUGGAGAGAGUCCGAACUUCAUACCAAGAGGACAGCCAAAAGAAUGAAGCGGUUAUCCUCAAUGUGAGGCAGCGGGCUGAAGACCUUCAACUUGAGCUUGACAAUGAAAAGAAGUCUCGUGCAGACAUUGUGUCAGAAAGUCAGCUCUUGCUGGAAAACCUGAGUGUUGAGCGGGAUGCCCUCCGUCAGCAGAUGACGGAAGAACUCCAGAUGGAGAGGGAAAAUAAACAGAAUCUCCUAGAACAACUGGAGAGAGUCAGAACUUCAUACCAAGAGGACAGCCAAAAGAAUGAAGCGGUUAUCCUCAAUGUGAGGCAGCGGGCUGAAGACCUUCAACUUGAGCUUGACAAUGAAAAGAAGUCUCGUGCAGAUAUUGUGUCAGAAAGUCAGCUCUUGCUGGAAAACCUGAGUGUUGAGCGGGAUGCCCUCCGUCAGCAGAUGACGGAAGAACUCCAGAUGGAUAGGGAAAAUAAACAGAAUCUCCUAGAACAACUGGAGAGAGUCAGAACUUCAUACCAAGAGGACAGCCAAAAGAAUGAAGCGGCUAUCCUCAAUGUGAGGCAGCGGGCUGAAGACCUUCAACUUGAGCUUGACAAUGAAAAGAAGUCUCGUGCAGACAUUGUGUCAGAAAGUCAGCUCUUGCUGGAAAACCUGAGUGUUGAGCGGGAUGCCCUCCGUCAGCAGAUGACAGAAGAACUCCAGAUGGAGAGGGAAAAUAAACAGAAUCUCCUAGAACAACUGGAGAGAGUCAGAACUUCAUACCAAGAGGACAGCCAAAAGAAUGAAGCGGUUAUCCUCAAUGUGAGGCAGCGGGCUGAAGACCUUCAACUUGAGCUUGACAAUGAAAAGAAGACUCGUGCAGAUAUUGUGUCACAAGGCCAGUUCUUGCUGGAAAACCUGAGUGCUGAGCUGGAGGCCCUCAGUCAAAAGACGGCGGAAGAACUCCAGGUGGAGAGGGAAAAAAAACAGAAUCUCCAAGAAGAACUGGAAAGAGUCAGAGCUUCAUACCAAGAGGACAGCCAAAGGUAUGAAACUGAUUUCCUCACCGUGAGGCAGCGGGCUGAAGACCUUCAGCUUGAGCUUGAAAAUGAAAAUAAGUCUCGUGCAGAUAUUGUAUCUCAAGGCCAGUUCUUGCUGGAAAACCUAAAUGCUGAGCUGGAUGCCCUUAGUCAAAAGACGGCGGAAGAACUCCAGGUGGAGAGGGGAAAAAAACAGAAUCUGCAAGAAGAACUGGAAACAGUCAGAGCUUCAUACCAAGAGGACAGCCAAAGGUAUGAAGCUGAUAUCCUCACUGUGAGGCAGCGGGCGGAAGACCUUCAACUUGAACUUGAAAAUGAAAAGAAGUCUUGCGCAGAUAUUGUGUCACAAGGCCAGCUCUCGCUGGAAAACCUGAGUGCUGAGCUGGAUGCCCUAAGUCAAAAGAUGGCGGAAGAACUUCAGGCGGAGAGGGGAAAAAAACAGAAUCUCCAAGAAGAACUGGAAAGAGUCAGAGCUUCAUACCGAGAGGACAGCCAAAGGUAUGAAGCUGAUUUCCUCACCGUGAGGCAGCGGGCUGAAGGCCUUCAACUUGAACUUGAAAAUGAAAAGAAGUCUUGCGCAGAUAUUGUGUCACAAGGCCAGCUCUCGCUGGAAAACCUUAGUGCUGAGCUGGAUGCCCUCAGUCAAAAGAUGGCGGAAGAACUCCAGGUGGAGAGGGAAAAAAAACUGAAUCUCCAAGAAGAACUGGAAAGAGUCAGAGCUUCAUACCAAGAGGACAGCCAAAGGUAUGAAGCUGAUAUCCUCACUGUGAGGCAGCGGGCUGAAGACCUUCAGCUUGAGCUUAUAAAUGAAAAGAAGUCAUGCGCAGACAUUGUGUCACAAGGCCAGUUCUCACUGGAGAACUUGAGUGCUAAGCUGGAUGCCCUCAGUCAAAAGACAGCGGAAGAACUCCAGGUGGAGAGGGCAAAAAAACGGAAUCUUCAAGAAGAACUGGAAAGAGUCAGAGCUUCAUACCAAGGAGACAGCCAAAGGCAUGAAGCUGAUAUCCUCACUGUGAGGCGGUGGGCUGAAGACCUUCAACUUGAGCUUGACAAUGAAAGGAAGUCUCACACAAAUAGUGUGUCACAAGGCCAGUUCUUGCUGGAAAACCUGACUGCUGAGCUUGGCUCCCUCAGUCAAAAGAUGGCAAAGGAACUCAUGGUGGAGAGGGACAAAAAAAUGCUUCUCCAAGAAGAACUGGAGAGAGUCAGAGCUUCAUACCAAGAGGACAGCCAAAGGUAUGAAGCUGAUAUCUUCACUGUGAGGCAGCGGGCUGACAACCUUCAGCUUGAGUUUGAAAAUGAAAAGAAGUCGCAUGCAGACAGUGUGUCACAAGGUCAGCUCUUGCUGGAAAACCUGAGGGCCGAGCAAGACGCCUUCAGUCAAAGGAUGGAGGAGGAUCUCAGGGUGGAGAGGGAGAAAAAAAUAAUUCUCCAAGAAGAACUGGUGAGAGUCAAGGCUUCAUACAAAAAGGAGAGCCAAAGGUAUAAAAACGAUAUCCGCUCUGUGAGACAUUGGGCUGAAGACCUUCAGCGUGUGCUUGACACCAAAAUCAAGGAUCUUACAGAGAGUAUGUCACAAGACCAGCUCUUGCUGCAAAACCUGAGGGCUGGGCAGGAUGCUGUCAAUCAAGUCAGAGCCUCACACCAAGCAAACAUCCAAAAGUAUGAAGCUGAUUUGCUCACCGUGAGGCACCAGGCUGGCCACCUACAGAAUGAGCUUGACAAGCUUCAAUCCCUCAUGAAGGAGUUCCAUGAUCCCAAACCCAUGGAGAUCGAGGUUCCUGAUGCGGUCCCCUCAAAGCAAAAGGAUUCAACCUGGAAGAGGGCCCAAAACUUUCUGGGACGGAAGAAACCACCGAGACGAAGGAACCCAGAGGAUCCUGAGAACAACACCUGAAACUUCCGCCCCAUGUAUUUAUGCCACUACUACAUGUCACAAACAUUGUGUGUUCUCUCUCUCUCUCUCUCUCUCUCUCUCUCACUCUGUCUCUCUCUCUCUGUCUCUGUUUCUCUCUGUUUCUCUCUCUCUCUCUCUCUCUCUCCCUCUCUGGGCUGGUUUAAGUCAUACUUAUCAGAAAGAUUUCUGUUUGGUAAUGUUAACAACUCUUCCAUACAUACAAAAGUUAGUCAUGGAGUUCCACAAGGGUCUAUGCUGGGACCAAUACUUUUCACUUUAUAUAUGCUUCCUUUAGGCAAUGUUCAUA